CAAAGAAGAAGAAGAUGAAACUGAAUUCACUUCCGCUGGUAACCAAAAGCAGUCAGAUGUGAGGGAUGUCAAAGAAAAUUAAAUGUGGAGAGAAGAGACGAUUCAGAAACAGGAAAGGGACCGUUUGACAAUACUCUAUUUAUAGAACGAAGAUAAUUUAAGAGAUCGUGGUAAGAAUUUAAAUAGACAUUUAGCUAAAUCUUCUGUUUUGUGGGUAAAAAACGAAAGAGAUGGGGACAAGAGCUAGUCGUUUACAAGAGGACCCAGUGUCUUCGGCUUUCGUCAAAGAUGGCAUAAAGCGGGAUUCCUAUCGACGACCCCGCUGCAAUAGACCCGCCAGUCUUAAAAUAGACUUUUCGGGGAGUUUUGACGAUUCGGAGACCAACCGUAGCCGAUCGGAGGAGGGCAGCGAUUCGGACAUAGGGCAACAGGCGAGCGCCGUUGGAAGCCCCGCCGACCACAACAGCCACCCAUCCAUCAGCCAGUCAUCACCAGCGGAAGACAACAGCGAAUGCAAGCGUGAGGAAGACGGUAAUAGCAGUCCCGAGGGUGCUGUCAACGGGGAACAUCUGCCUGGAGAGGAGACAGGCCGGGUGUCUCACCGCACUUUCUCUGAACGUUUACCCGGCAAUCGACACUCUAACUGGCGCAACGUCAGCGCAAGAUCCGCACGAAUGAGAGGCAUCAAUCAACGCCCGGCGUCGGAGGCUUGGAUUGGCCUCUACCGUGUCAACAACCGACAUGAUAUCCGCUGUCCGUUCUGCUCCAAGUCUUUCUCGGGGGGCAAGAUUGAGAAUCACCUGUUGAGCUGCCUCACAUCUCCAUCUCUCCCUUACAACACGGACGUGCUCAGUAAGGACAGCGGUGAGUGCUCCAUCUGUCUGGAGGAGCUGCAGCAAGGAGAGACCAUUGCCCGGCUGGCCUGCCUAUGUGUCUACCACAAGGGCUGUAUAGACUCCUGGUCCAAGGUGAAGCCAUGCUGUCCCGAACACCCUUUUGAUUGAAUCAUGGGUCACAUGUCCUGCUCAGGGACACACCUGACUCUGGAGACUGCAAUGUUUCUAUAAUUGCAGCAAAUAUAUUACGGCAAUGAAAAAUACCAGAGGCAAGCCUCCUAAUUUUACAGACCCAGACACAGCCCCACAAGGAUCUCAAUGAAAAAUACCAGAGGCAAGCCUCCUAAUUUUACAGACCCAGACACAGCCCCACAAGGAUGUCAAUGAAAAAUACGAGGCAAGCCUCCUAAUUUUACUGACCCAGACACAGGCCCACAAGGAUGUCAAUGAAAAAUACCAGAGGCAAGCCUCCUAAUUUUACAGACCCAGACACAGCCCCACAAGGAUGUCAAUGAAAAAUACCAGAGGCAAGCCUCCUAAUUUUACUGACCCAGACACAGCCCCACAAGGAUGCCAAUGAAAAAUACCAGAGGCAAGCCUCCUCAUUUUACAGACCCAGACACAGCCCCACAAGGAUGUCAAUGAAAAAUACCAGAGGCAAGCCUCCUAAUUUUACUGACCCAGACACAGCCCCACAAGGAUGUCAAUGAAAAAUACCAGAGGCAAGCCUCCUAAUUUUACUGACCCAGACACAGCCCCACAAGGAUGUCAAUGAAAAAUACCAGAGGCAAGCCUCCUAAUUUUACUGACCCAGACACAGCCCCACAAGGAUGUCAAUGAAAAAUACCAGAGGCAAGCCUCCUAAUUUUACUGACCCAGACACAGCCCCACAAGGAUGUCAAUGAAAAAUACCAGAGGCAAGCCUCCUAAUUUUACUGACCCAGACACAGCCCCACAAGGAUGUCAAUGAAAAAUACCAGAGGCAAGCCUCCUAAUUUUACAGACCCAGACACAGCCCCACAAGGAUGCGACCG